AUGGAAUCAAGCGACUCCGGCAAGUGGAAAGAAGCGUGCGACUCGGAGUUCGACUCGCUUCAGAGAAACGACACGUGGGAAAUCGUGCCUCUUCCGAAAGGUCGCAAGGCCAUCGGGUGCCGAUGGGUUUUUCGUGUAAAGGAGAAUCAAGAUGGCGAAGUUGAAAUUUUCAAGGCAAGACUUGUGGCCAAACGAUUCUCACAGAAAUUCGGAGUUGACUAUGAAGAAACUUUCGCACCGGUGGCCAAGUUCACAUCGAUUCGUGUGGUGCUCAGUAUGGCGGCCAAGUACGGCCUAAUGCUACAUCAGAUGGACGUCAAGACAGCGUUUCUUAACGGCUCCCUCAACGAAGACAUCUACAUGGACCAGCCGGACGGAUACCUGGAUGCAACACAGCCGGACUAUGUGUGCAAGCUAAAGAGAUCACUCUACGGCUUGAAGCAAUCGCCUCGCAUGUGGAACCAAACAAUCGAUGGGUUCAUGAUCAAGAUGGGAUUCAAGAAGUGCGAAUCGGACCACUGCAUCUACAUCAAGCGAGACGACCAAGACAUGAUUCUCGUGGUGCUCUACGUCGAUGAUCUCAUCCUGGCCAGCAGCAACAACGAACUCCUCAAGUCGACCAAGAUGGCGCUGAGCAAACGCUUCGAAAUGACGGAUCUCGGUGAGCUCGAUUACUUUCUCGGCAUGGAGAUCAAGAACGACCGUAAGACGGGAAUGGUGACUGUGCAACAAACCAAGUUUCUCAAGUCCGUGUUGACCAAGUUCGGAAUGGAUAACAGCAAGCCAGUGAAGACGCCUCAAGAUCCCGGCCUGAAGCUAACCAAGAACAUGUGUGAACAAGAAUGCAAGCACGAAGACACCAUGUGCAACGUGCCAUAUCGAAGUGCUGUCGGAGGCAUCAUGUAUCUCAUGGUCGCCACACGUCCGGAUCUAGCUGCUGCAGUGGGAUCAUUAUCCCAGUUCUCGUCCGACCCAUGCCCGACUCACUGGCAAGCUUUGAAGCGUGUGCUGAGAUACCUGCAAGCAACGCCCAAUCAUGGUCUUGAGUUUACACGUGAAGAAGGAAGCCGUAUCUGCGGGUACACCGACGCAGACUGGGCCGGCGACAUUGAGUCAAGACGAAGUACAAGCGGCUAUGUGUUCAUGAUGAACGGAGGAUGCAUCAGCUGGAAAAGCCAGAAACAACGGACGGUCGCGCUAUCUUCAACAGAAGCAGAAUACAUGGCGCUUUCCGAAGCAACCAAAGAAGCAGUAUGGCUCAAGGUGCUUUUGGGGGAACUUGGUGAGAUGACAAGCGACGAAGCGAUCAAGAUGUAUGAAGACAACCAAGGAUCAAUCGCUCUCGCCAAGAACCCGGAGUUCCAUAAGAGAACAAAACACAUCGACAUACGCUACCAUUUUGUGCGUGAGAAGGUGGAAUCAGGUGAAGUCGUUUUGGAGUAUUGCCCGACUCAAGAUAUGCUGGCAGACAUGAUGACCAAGCUGAUCGCCGCUGCACAAUUUGAAAACAUUCGCGAUCGACUUGGGAUCCAAGGUGCCGCAGCUAACGAGUCGAGAGGGAGUGUUGAAAAGACAGCGGCUGUGAAGAAGACACCUCGUCAAGCUGCGUCAAGUGUUGAAGCAAGUGGAAGACCAAGCUUCGCUAUACCGGUGGGUACCGGUAUGUACCAGUAA